GAGCAGGCACCGCUUAAAGGCGACGUGCCCGGGAACAGCAGACCGCAACUAUUUUUUUUAUUUUAUUCUUCCCGAGGGAGAGGGAGAGGGAGAGGGAGAGGGAGAGAAGGGCUUUAAUUCGAAUUCUCUUCCGGCGAUAUGUUGAGCGGUGAAUCCCCCCUUUGAGCCUCGCCCAAGGGAAAUCUGACCUCCCUCUUGCUGCUGCUGUUGGUUUCUCCUUUUCCUCGUGAGGUAUGGUCGCGAGUCGCUUCCAAGAAACAUAAUAGUAUCUCCUCAUGGCACCUGAUGCUACUUACUAUGAUGAGGUGAGAGACAAUCCUGAGGUUAUUGAUCCUCCUAAAAAUGAAGAUAUGGUGGAAGUAAGCGAGCAAAUAAAUGAUCAUACUCAGCUUUCUGCAAAGGCAAAUCUUGCUGACGCAAGCAGCGUGCGUGAGCUUUUGGAAUGUCCUGUGUGCCUAAAUGCAAUGUACCCUCCAAUCCAUCAGUGCUCAAAUGGCCAUACGCUAUGUUCUGGAUGCAAACCCAGAGUUCAUAAUCGAUGCCCCACUUGCAGGCAUGAGCUAGGCAACAUAAGAUGCCUUGCAUUAGAGAAGGUUGCAGCUUCUCUUGAAUUGCCCUGCAAAUAUCAAAGCUUUGGUUGUUUGGGUAUAUAUCCAUACUACUGUAAGCUGAAACAUGAAUCACAAUGCAUGUUUAGACCCUACAAUUGUCCUUAUGCUGGAUCUGAGUGCACAGUUGUUGGUGACAUUUCUUAUUUGGUAUCUCACUUGAAGGAUGAUCACAAGGUUGACAUGCACAGUGGAAGCUCCUUCAACCAUAGAUAUGUAAAGUCAAAUCCACAUGAGGUAGAGAAUGCUACAUGGAUGUUGACGGUUUUCAGUUGCUUUGGACAGUACUUCUGCCUGCACUUUGAGGCAUUUCAGCUGGGCACAUCACCUGUAUACAUUGCAUUCCUGAGAUUUAUGGGCGAUGACAGUGAAGCCAAAAGCUACAGCUAUAGUCUUGAGGUUGGAGGCUACGGGAGGAAGAUAACCUGGCAAGGGGUUCCUCGAAGCAUUCGCGAUAGCCAUCGAAAGGUGAGAGACAGUUACGAUGGGCUAAUCAUCCAGCGUAACAUGGCCCUGUUCUUCUCAGGAGGGGAUCGGAAGGAGCUGAAACUGAGGGUAACCGGAAGAAUUUGGAAGGAACAGUGAUGCUCUUGUUCUUUGUCCAAACUUCUCGUGUUGUUGUGAGCUACCAGAGGCUUGUUUUAGUUAACAUAAAAUUUUCGGAUCAGUAAUGUAGUAGCUGAAGCAAAACUCUCUUUGCUUAGGUGACCGUUCUACUCGCUUAAAUAGCAUGAGAAUUAGUUGGGAAAGCAAAUACUGUGCUGUAAAUAAGAACUUGUAUCCUGCUAAGUCAGUCACUUCAUUUUCUUCUUUCUUUUGUUGAAUUACUAUGAAGUUUCAAAUUUAACCAA